AUGGCUCAAGGAAAAACAAUCGCAUAAGUUAUUAGAGUUGUUAAUGUAAUAGUGGGCAUCUUUUUAGGGUUUAUUGGAGUCUGGAAAAUUGUCACUUUAAGUUUUUUAGCAAACAUAGGAUCUAAAUUUUUCUGCAUAUUCAUGCCAUUAUUUAUGAUAUUAUUUGGAGUUAUGAUUAUUAUCAGUGAAGUUAAAAAGGAUUUUGGAUCAGAAUAUUUCAAGUUUAUACAAACUUUCUUAGGAAAAGGUUGCUUCUAUUUGUUCCUUUCUUCUCUCUCAGUAUAUUAAAUUGAAGAUGAAACAAGUGAUCUAAUUGGAUAUAUUUAUGGUUUGAUAUUGUUUAUAUUUGGAAUUAUGUACAUUUGUUUCCACAUUUGUAAAUGCUCAGGUACUUUAAAGGAUGUAAGAGAAGGGCUUCUUUCUAUAGACGAGUGA